GGGAUACCGGAGGUGUACCGGCACGUAUCCACGUUGCAAUACUUAUCUGGAUCAAUUAGGACAAAUUUGGAAUUUCCGAUCGCCUUGCCAAUGAUAUCGGCGAAACACGGCAGGUGCACGUUCCAGAGGCUAAUCCGGGACGAUUCGAACGACAGUGGAGGAUGCAACAACAACAGCAGCAGCAACAGCAGCAGGAGGAGGAGGAACAUCAGCAGGAACCGGAGCAGGAGCAACGGACCCUCGUAAUGGUGCCGUCCGCUUCGUCUUCGUCAUCUACUUCGUCGGUCACGACGGUUACGAUGGACUCACAGGAGACUGAUGUCACCGGUCUCGCUACACCGGGCUCCGAAUUACCUAAUCUAGCGUUGCAGAGUGUCGCCCUGCGGCUUCAGGGUGCCCUCCUCACUGCUCUGCAACGAGCGGCGCUCCUGCCGCCGGGACACGCCGCCGCCGCGGCAUUUAAUCUGCAGGCAUUGGAGACGUACUUCACCCUUCAUCGUCUUCAUGCGAGCGGUGCGACUUCCGGGGUCGCGCAAACCGCGGGCGCCACCGCGACUGUCGUUGGUAAUCAGAGGUGUUCGUCAUUGAACGCGAAUGUUGACGUGGCCCUGAGCCCGACAGCUGUCAAGAACGACCAUCUGACGGCUGAUCAGUUGCUCCGAUCAGCCGCUUCGGCGAUUAGCGAGGACGACGAAGCACGGCUGGACUUUGUGACCGACACCGAGGAGGAUCUUGCGCUUCUCGCGGAGGACGACGAGGUCCUGUUGUGCGAGACGUCUGGAACGAGCUCCUCCUCGGCGAACCACGAGCUACUUCUACGACGAAUAUCCGAAGGAAACCGUGCUAGCACAUCCGUGACGACUGUCUCACGAUCUUUGACCGUCCCGACAUCGUUCGCGUCAUCCGCUUCCUCGGGUUGCUCCUCGGCCUCUUCGACCUCGUCUUCCUCCUCCUCGUCCGCGCAACACGCUUCGGUCACGGUGGACUCGAGUGUACCAAGGACUUGCCGUACGUCCAGACCCAAGAAACAGUUCAUUUGUAAGUUCUGCAGCCGGCAGUUUACGAAGAGCUACAAUCUGUUGAUUCACGAGAGGACGCAUACCGACGAACGGCCGUAUUCGUGCGACAUAUGUGGCAAAGCUUUCCGACGGCAAGAUCACCUCAGAGAUCACAGGUAUAUACACAGCAAGGAGAAACCGUUCAAAUGCGCCGAAUGCGGCAAAGGAUUCUGCCAGAGCAGGACACUAGCUGUUCAUAAAAUUCUGCAUAUGGAGGAGUCGCCGCACAAAUGUCCCGUCUGUGCCAGGAGUUUUAAUCAGAGGAGCAAUUUGAAGACUCAUCUUCUCACACACACGGACAUUAAGCCCUAUCAUUGCGCCUCCUGCGGCAAGGUCUUCCGUAGGAAUUGUGACCUGAGGAGACACUCAUUGACCCACAAUUUGGGAGUACCGUCGUCGCCACCACCAUCGGGUAUACCUGUCUCCGCUUCGAGCACCAUUGUCCUUCAGGAGACGUCUUAAUACACAAAUAUCGAUUUUUCUUCGGUCAGAAAAUCUUGCCUGCGCUUUCUGUCAACAAUACGGAUCGACACUCAUUUAUUAUAACGCCGCAGUGAUCUUGACUUCGACGUGC